CGGAGUACCUUCGAAUACCAAUUAUUCGUACGCCAUGGGAGAGUGGGUCGCCAGCGGUCAUGAUUUUGCUUAAGUGUGGGCUUAGAGGAGAACAAGUUGUAUGUUGGCAAAGGUUAUGCAAAAGGCAGUUGGCCACCUCCUCCAGGGUGCCACCGCGACUCUUUAAUUCACACUUGCGAAGGGAAACCCUCAAGAUGACGAAUAGGAUUCCCCAAGACUUCGAUUACUUUCUUGUUUUAGACUUUGAGGCAACAUGUGACCAGGACAAAUUAAUUCAGCCACAGGAAAUAAUUGAGUUCCCUGUGUUGAAAAUAAAUUCAAGGUCAUUUGAAGUAGAAUCAACUUUCCAUGAGUUUAUUAAACCUCAACACAACCCAAAACUGACAGACUUUUGCAUAAGACUAACAACUAUUUCACAAGCUGAGGUGGACAAUGGCAGGCCAUUCCACACAGUGAUGCACUUGUUUGACACUUGGAUCAAGGAGGAAAUCGGUCAAGACAAAAAAUUCCUAUUUGUUACCUGUGGAGACUGGGAUCUUAAGACAAUGCUGCCAAGUCAGUGCCAGAAAGAGAACAUCCAGAUACCUAUUUAUUGCAAGAAGUGGCAUAAUAUUAAAAAGUCUUACUCAUUAAUGACAGGUCGCUAUAUUAAGGGUAUGAUGCCUAUGAUUACGGGGCUGAAACUACAGCAUGAAGGACAACUUCAUAGAGGCUUGGGUAAGUUCAGGUGAGAAUGAAUCAGUGAAUGGGUGUGUGUGCUUUUAUUAGAGGGAAGAUUUGCUAAGUGUAAGUGUCAAAGAAAUGACAAGGGGAUCAUCUGCUAUUCAUGAAUUCAAACUAAAAUUCAGUGUGAGUGUUGGUUUGUUGUACAUGAGAAUAUAUAUUUAAAAAUUAUUAGAUGUAAGAUUUCGAAAAUCAGUUCUAUGUAUGAAAAGACGUACUGCAUUGGCAGUGUAGAUUUCUUCAGCUGGAUUUAUUGAAGAACGAUGAAAAAUGAGGAGAAUUAGAGUCAGUACACUUUAUUUUUAUUUGGUUAUUUCAGUGUUAAUCAGAAAAAGUAGGAAAAAAAUUGUGUGCGUACACACACACACACACACACACACACACACACACACACACACACACACACACACACACACACACACACACACACACACACACACACACACACACACAAAUAAAUCAAGAU